AUGAAACUUAUUACUUUCCCAGGCCAAGGUACUCCUAUUUCAAUUCCUGUACUCAAAGCAGUCAUAAGGAAUAAAUCGAGUUCAUUCGAUAAAAUAUUACACAAGAACCUAAAUUCUAAUGAUUUAUUAAAUUACAUUAUAAACAAUCCUUCAAGCCCAGGUUCAAUUGCGGUUUGUUCAAAUUUUUACUAUCAACUAUAUUCAACGAGUUUAAGUGAAAGUAAACCUUUACUUCAAGAUAAUCAAUUACUAUUAGGCCAUUCAUUGGGUGAAUUGACUUGCUUAAGUUUGAACUCUCUAUUCUCGUUAAAGGAUCUAUUCGAUAUCGCAAAUUAUAGAAAUGAAUUGAUGGUAAACUUUACUGGAAAAUAUUUAACCGCACAUAGGUUGAAUGGUACCACAAAAUUUGAAAUGUGGGCUUUAUCUUCUCCUUUUGUUGAAAAUUUACCAAAUGAAAUAUUUAAACUAUUAUCAAAAUCACCUUCAUUCUCAUCACAUUUUAAAUCAGUUUCAAUUGCAAAUUCCAAUUCGGUAAAACAAUGUGUCGUGACUGGUUUAAUAGCUGAUUUAGAAUCUUUAAGGACUGAGAUUAAUUACAAAUUCCCAAGAUUAAGAAUUACAGAAUUGACAAAUCCAGAUAAUAUAGCAUUUCAUAAUAAUACUGUCUUAAGACCAAUUCAAGAACCAUUAUAUGAUUUUAUCUGGAAUAUUUUAAAAAAAAAUCAAACUCACACACUAACAGAACUUAAUUCACCAAUAAUUUCAAAUUAUGAUGGUAGAAUUUCAUAUUUUGUACAUCAUGCAAUUGAAAAAUUUGUAAAAGCAAGUUCCAAUACUGUUCAGUUUACUAAAUGUUAUGAUACAAUAAAUUCCUUACCUCAGAUAUCUGAUGAUACGUCUGGAAAUAUUGAUGAUAAUGUUGACUUAUUGGAUGAAGCAAUUUGUAUGGGCCCAGGUAAUGUUAUCUAUAAUUUAAUAAGGCGUAAUUGUACGGUGAAAGCUCAUCAAUACAAUUCGGUGGGUACUAUUGAUGAAUUUAAUGAAUUGCAUAAUGUAAAUAGUGAAUCUAAAUAA